AUGGCCACACGAACGACAAGAAGGACAAAAAAGGCGCCGGCGCCGCCAUCAGACCCACCGGACCCUGCUGCGUAUCCAGGCAAGAAGCAUGGCCACACCCAAGACAAGAAGGACAAGAAGGCGGGCAAGAAGCUCGGCCACACAAAGGGCGAGAAGGCAGGACACUAUCCGGAGCCGGCAGCAGAGGUGGAAACGCAUCUUGACUCAAGCGGCCAAAGCUGUGCACGGUUCUGUCCAGUGGUGGUUUGUGCGGGCUUGGCUGGUUUGUAUUGCAUCGCCGAAGACGAAGAUGGUGUCGAGGGAUAUGCCUCCUUUCCAGACUACGUCCUCGACCAGAUCCAGCGUGCCGGCUUCAAAGAGCCCACGCCGAUCCAGGUUCAGGGCUGGCCCAUCGCGCUGUCUGGAAAAGACAUGGUGGGUGUUGCAGAGACAGGCUCUGGCAAAACCCUGGCCUUCCUGCUUCCCGCAGUCGUGCACAUAAAUGCCCAGCCGUUCCUCGAGAGGGGAGACGGCCCGAUCGUACUGGUGAUGGCUCCCACGCGAGAGCUCGCCGUGCAGAUCCAGGAGGAGUGCAACCGAUUCGGCAAGAGUUCGAAGAUCAAGAACACCUGCUGCUACGGAGGCGCGCAGCGAGGUCCCCAGCAAAGGGACCUCCGUGACGGAGUGGAGAUCGUUAUCGCCACCCCGGGGCGGCUUAUCGACUUCCUGGAGUCUCGUGACACGAACCUGAAGCGAGUCACCUACCUGGUCUUAGACGAGGCUGAUCGCAUGCUGGACAUGGGCUUUGAGCCACAAGUCCGAAAGAUCUGCUCUCAGGUGCGGCCCGACCGGCAGACGCUGAUGUGGAGCGCCACCUGGCCCAAAGACGUGCAGAAGUUGGCCCGCGACAUCUGCAGAGAGGACCCUGUGCAUAUCAACGUGGGCGCCAACGAGUUGCGCACAGCGCACACGAUCCGGCAGUUUGUCGAAGUGGUUCAGGAGAGCGACAAGCGUUCCAGGCUCAGAAGAUUGCUAGAGAAGGUGAUGGAUGGUUCCAAGAUCCUCAUCUUCUGUGAGACGAAGAGAGGGGGCGACGAGCUCACGCGGGAGAUGAGGACCGAUGGGUUUCCAGCCCUGUGCAUACACGGCGAGAAGAAGCAAGAGGAGCGAGAUUGGGUGAUGAAAGAAUUUAAAGAAGGAAAGUCUCCCAUCCUUGUGGCGACUGACUUAGCCUCGCGCGGUAUUGAUGUCAAGGACAUCAAGUACGUUAUAAAUUAUGACUUCCCCAACCAGAUCGAGGACUACGUUCACCGCGUGGGUCGAACAGGUCGCGCUGGAGCAACAGGCUCCGCCUACACCUUCUUCACGUCUGACAAAGCUAAGCACGCGAAGGACCUCAUAGGUGUGCUGAAAGAAGCCAAGCAGCAAAUCCCCGAGGAGCUGGAGAAGCUCGCGCAGAACAGCGCAUCCGGCGAGCCGGGCUCUGGCACCGACAACUCAGUCGCGGCCGCCCUUAGGCGUGCCGCGACAACCCGGCCGCCCUCAGGCGAGCGGGCAGAAGUGGUCGAGAGCGGCAGAGGAUGUCCGCUUCCAGCGCCUCCGGUGGACGUGACCUGGCUUCCGAAAGCGGAAGAGCUUUGGUCCACGUUCCGCGUUGCCCUCUUGGCACUUCUACAGGCGUGGCACAGCCGACUGGCUAAGUGGGCCAAGCUGCUUGGCAGCACAGAGAAAUUUUAUUCUUCUCAUAAAAACAGCUAUUUUGAAAAAAAUGAAAAAGACAGGACCCCGCAAAUGCAGCGGACCACCACGGAGCAGCAACAGUUCUUGUUGGACAUGAUCAAGGCAACGCCUGCAGUUCAUCAAAGUUUUGUAUCUGCACUCAGUGCGCCAGGCCAAAUGGACUGA